CUAUCCAUCUAUCUCUAUAUAUUUGAUAGUAUAAGAGUUAUAUGUUGAGAGAAGGACUCAGUCAGUUUUAUUUUAGUUCUGAUCUGAAACAGAUCGUGGAAAAAUCGUGGUAUAUGUAGUGACUUUUAGUGUACUGCUGACGACCAUUGUACUGUACACGACUGUACUGCAGAGUUGAUUCUCUGUAACCAUGGAGCUAACAGAGAGUUGUCUGGAGGAAAACCUAGUGAAAGGAUCAGAGAAGAAACAAGAAUCAAAUGCACAACCAACAACUUGCAUAAAAUGGAGAUAUAUUGUUGCAAUCCUUGGAUCGAUGGGUAUGGGUCUGAUCUAUGGAUUGAAAGUUAAUAUUUCAGUCGCCAUCGUAGCAAUGGUUAACCACACUGCUAUAGCAUUGACUGCCGAGAACAGUUCUCAUAUUGGAAACUUCUCUGUAACAGAUGAUCAUGGAUUGGACAAGGGAACAACAGAGGAGAUGGGACCCUUUGAAUGGAGUUCUAAACAGCAGGGCGCAAUAUUAAGCGCUUACUUUAUAGGAUACUUCAUAACCCAGUUGCCUGGAGGAAGACUGGCUGAACUGUAUAGUGCUAAGUAUGUAUUCCUGGUUGCUGCUCUUAUGAACGGUCUUGGAGCAUGUCUUUCUCCUUUGAUGGCGUUCUGGGACUACAAGGCGCUCAUUGCCAUGAGGGUCAUGCAAGGUCUUGGGGGGGGGUUUACGUUCCCGGCUAUGAAUGUAAUGAUAGCCUCCUGGAGUCCUCCUGAUGAGAGAUCAACCAUCUCAUCAAUUGCAUACUCAGGAACCUCAUUGGGAACUGUUGUUUCAAUUCUUUCCUCUGGAUUGCUAUCUUCAACACUAGGCUGGGCAUCUGUUUUCUAUAUUCAGGGUGGUUUGUCUCUGGUUUGGUGUGCUUUAUGGACUGUUCUGGUAACUGAUUCACCGGCAGAUAACAGGUUUGCCAGUGAUAUUGAGAAAAAGAUGAUAUCUGACAGUAAACCUAGCAGUACUCGGAGCUCUAGAUCCGCUGCUCCAUCUAUACCCUGGAGAUCCAUCCUAACUUCAAUACCAUUCCUCACCCUCGCAUUCUCACACUUUUGCAACAAUUUUGGAUGGUAUAUGCUGCUGAUCGAGCUGCCCCUGUUUAUGAGAACAGGUCUGGAGGUGGAUAUGACAAUAAAUACAAUCAUCUCUAGUGUUCCUUUCUUUGCUAACUGGAUGUGGUCUGUAGUCUACAGCAAAGGUCUUCAAUGGGCAAGAUCAAAGGAUUUGAUCAGUCUCACCCUUGCAAGGAAGAUAUCUGUUUGCAUGUCAAGUAUACUUCCUGCACUUUUCCUUCUCAUUAUCUGCUGGUCAGGACAAAAUAUUCCGGUCAUCGUAACCCUCACCAUCCUUUCCGUAAUGUUCUAUGGAAGCAUGUUCUCCGGAGUAUUCUCAAACCACAGCGAUCUGGCUCCGAACUUUGCUGGAACUCUGAUGGCAGUCACAAACAUGCUAGCCACUAUACCAGGUUUUCUUGUUCCAUUCCUAGUUGGCCUACUGACUGAAGGGCAGACAGGUUUAGCUCCUUGGCAUAUAGUUUUCUACAUAACAGCUGGUAUACUACUAGUAGAAGCAGUAGUCUAUACUCUACUAGGAAGUGGGGACCUUCAACCAUGGAAUUGAACCUUUAAGCAUCCAUAGCAUGGGUGCGAAGGUGCAGGGUUACUCACAAAAAUGCGCCUGUAAUGACGACCUACAAUUCAUUUAAAGGGACUGUAAGUUGAAAUUACAAAGUAGGAAAACGCCUUUUCCGAUAACCUAAAGUUGAUUAAAUCUAAAGAUAUAAAAAUCCAUCUCUUUUUAUUAAAAUUUGAGCCUUUUUAAAAUCUAAUUGAUUAUUUUUAAAACAAAAUAAACAUUUGUUUUUGGUCGCAGGGAUCCAAUGUGUAAAAAAAUCGUUGCAACCUUUGUGAGUAACGCUGUAUAAACAGCACAAGGAACCUGUAGAGGAACUGUAUCUGUGGAAUUUAAGUUAGAGAAAGAAUUAGGUACUUCAGAGAUACAAGAGAUACAAUACUGUGAAAAUAUUGUCGUCUAUUUUUAAGUGUGCCCUGGAUUUUUGUUAGAAAUAUAUGAGAAACAUUACACAAUUAAAAAUCCUUAGCGAAUUUUCAAAAUUAUAAGAAAUACCCAUGACACGCCGACACUGCAGUUCCACAGCUCUUGCUUUACUAAUGUAAGUCUUGCAGUUGCCGUAAAUUAUGUAUAUUUAUUGUUUGAAAGAUUUCUAAAAAUGUUUUAAAGGUAAAUACUAAAAUGUAACUAAAUAUUCUCGUUUAAUAAAACCUGCGCCAAA